AUGUAUCUGGAUUCAAAAUCGGUUAUCUCAUUGCAAGUUUCCCGGACUCGAUACCACCUGCAAGAAGGAUCUCGUUCGUCUCGCGGCCCAGAAGAGACCCCACAAUCAUCAAUCGGAUCAAGAGUCUCCCAGCUUGCAGCUCUUAUUAGCAUAACGACAUCCCAGAGCCCCUUGCCUUCCGACAAAACAAAUGAGCCGUCAGGCCGCAGCUCAUUUCUCUUCGGAGACAUUGACCAGGAAGCGACAGACACUGUGUCCAAUUACUUUUCGACAACGUCUGUCUCUACAGUCAACAGUUCUCUUUCAGCAUCGACAGCUAUUGAGAUAGAUGGACAAAGCGGUCAGAGUCUUAGCGACGGCAUAUCACCGUGGGAAACGUCUGCCGCUUCCAUGUUAGAUUAUGAAACGAAGAAUGACACGGCAAAUGACACAUUACUCGGCAUCAUUAGCACCUAUACCAGUGCAGAUACUCUGCUACCCCCAUAUAUGGACACGACGAUUCGACCCACAGUAAUGACGGAUCUUCCCUCGGAAACUAGUGCGAGGCAUUUCACAUCUGCAGUGUACGAUACGAUGCGCGAUCCAUCACAUUCCCACCUUCAUCUCACCCCCUCCACAGGUUCGUCUCUGAUCAAAGUGCCUGGGCACCCCGGAACAGAAACAACAAGCAUGCCCAACUCGUGGAUCAAUUCAGUCUCUUCAAGCCUCAUAACAACAGAGACAGCUACUGGGAUGGAAGUUCCCGACGUCGGCGGGACGGAGACUGUGUCACAGACCGCAAACCCUUCCAGCCCGGCGGGAUAUGAUCCCACCAUGUGUAAUACCCGCGCAUCGCAAACGAUACCAGGAAAGUCUCUAGGAGCAGCUUUAGGCGCAGUAUCGGGUGCAGGUUUCCUCUUUGCCAUAGUAUAUAUUCUACAGCCCUUUAUUUAUGCGUAUUUUGUGAAGUUUCAGGAUAAGACGCGAUCUACUGCUUCGAAUGAAGUUAAAUCGCACGAGGAGGAGUCUAACUCAACUUACUAUCGAAGCGAAAAAGAAAUAUCGCGGUUCUCAAUCGAUAGUUAA